AUGCCACCAUGCCAGGACACAGCCACGGUGACACAGAUGGGGACAGGACCCCGAGAGCAGACCGUGCGGCGGGCACAGAGGCAGGAGGGCACGAGCUGGCCCAGCAGCCACCACCCUCCCCCCCGGAGCCUCCGUCAAGGCAAAGCCCUUCUCCUUCGUCUUCCUCGCUGCUGCAGGCUCCAGCUCUGCUCCCCGCCCCACGCCAGGGACAAAACAGCCAUUCUAUGCAACCUCCCGGCGGAGCAGCCCCGCACCGGCCCCGCAGCCACCAUCCCGCGGCGGGCCCGACCCCGCGCCUCCGCUUCCUACCUCGGGCCCCGAGCUGCCGCGACCCCGUCACCCCGGGCCGGUCCCCGACACUUUCGGGGCUCGGCCCGGCACCCCGCGGGGCCGCACUCGCGGAGCCCCACGCCGUCUUCCUCCCUGCACAGUCUUCCUCCCACCGCCUCGGUGUCCCGUGUUGCCACCGCCCUGGCUCAUGGGCUCGGCCCCUCCUCCUCCUCCGGGGAUGUCCUUGUCACAGUCCUCGCUGCCAUGGCUCGCAGGCCAGGCGGCGCUGGCAGCCGUCCCAGGAACCCGUCCUGCCCCUUCACUGUGACUCUGCAAAACCGCGGGGCGGGAGCGGUGACGAUGGCGAUGGCCGCGGCGGUAGGAAGCAGAGGGGCUCGUCUGGGUGCUGUGCUGCUCGGGGCGGAGCGGCGGGCCCGGCCGGGUGAGCAGGAAGAAGGAGGAGGCCGGUUACCGGCAGCAGCCAUGGCCGAGGCCCCGGAGAAGAGCAUCCACACGCAGCACAUCUCUGCCGUGCACAACGUGCCCAUGAGGGUCCUCAUCCGGCCCAUUCCUGCCGUGCUGGAGCCGGGAAAGGUGCAGAGCCUGGUGGAGACCCUGCAGGAGGAUCCCGAGCGGGUCCCUCCCAUCGACGUGCUCUGGAUCAAAGGCAGCCAGGGAGGGGAUUACUUCUACUCUUUCGGGGGCUGCCACCGCUUCGCCGCCCACCAGGCGCUCAACCGAGAGACCAUCCCCGCCAAGAUCAUCCCCUCCACCCUCAGCGACCUCCGCACCUACCUGGGCUCCUCCACUCCCCACCUGCGCUAGCCCCGCAGCCCGUCCCGUCCCGUCCCGGUGGGUCCCCACAGGGCGCCCGUGGGCUGAGCUGGGCCUGAUCCGGGGGUCCCGUGAGCCUCCGGGGGGGAUGGGGCCAGGGUCCCCCGGCCUCGAGGGGUCCUUGUGGGGAUGGGGUCUCCCUGCGACCCUCCAGCCGCCAUGGGGUCGGGGUCUCUCUGGUGCCGGUACGGCCGGACCGGCAGGUGGCGACAUUGUGCCGCGCGGGAACGGGACCGGACCGGGCGGGGUGGACCGGGCCGGGAUGAAUCGGGAUCAGACGAACCGGGAAGGACCGGGACACAGGUCAGCCGGAAUGGGACGGGACGAACCAGGACAGGAUGAACCGGGACGGGAUGAACUAGGACGGGACAGGUUGAACCAGGGCAUGGCUCAACCAGGAAUGGCUGAACCGGGACAAGCCGAACCGGGCCACGCUGGAACUGGGCCAGGUCACAGCCCACCCAGAAGACAGCUGAACCCGGAAGUGAUACAGGCAAACCGGGACAAAGCCGAAUCGGAACACAGCUGCACCGGUGGGGGGCACAGCAGAACCGGGCACAGCCCAGGCCUCGCCCGGACACUGCAGCCUCAUCUGUGCAGAGACCAGGAGGAUCCUGGGCUGUGUCUGCCCCUAAACCUCCUGUCUCCCUAAACCCUGGAGCCAUCCUGCAGUCUCCCACUCCAAAAUGGGGUGGUGGGAAAACCAACUGCUGCACCUGGAAUAAAGGUGAUGAAACCUCCA